AUGAGGCAAGCUAUCCAAAAAUCUGGUGUGGUGCUGCAAUCAGAAUUUUCCCAAGAUGUUCGAUCUCUUAUGAGUGGUAACAAAGAAAAACUCACUCCAUUUAUGAAGUUAUUCUGGCAACAACAGCAAGAAGAAUUUACCAAGAGUCCAAAUGCAAUCAGAUAUCAUCCAAUGAUCAUACGGUUCUGCCUGUCAUUGGCUGCCAAAUCUGCCUCAGCGUAUGAGGAACUGAGAAAUUCAAAGGUGCUUACAUUACCUAGUAGGAGGACAUUGCGAGACUAUCGAAAUGUCAUUACACCAUCCAUUGGAUUUAAUCCUGCUCUGGUACAGGAACUUUGUCAAACAACUAAAUCCCUGACAGGUAUCCAGAGGUUUGUUGUUUUGGCUUUUGAUGAAAUGAAAGUGCAAUCUAAACUAGUAUUUAUUAAGAACACUGGAGAUUUAGUUGGAUUUUUAGACUUAGGAGAUCCAGAUAUCAACUUCACAGCCUUUGAUGAUGCUGAAGAAUUAGCAAGCCAUGCAUUAGUCUUUUACAUUCGGGGAAUUGCCAGUGAUCUGAAAUUCAACCUUGCACAUUUUGCAACUGGGAGCCUUAAGUCCUACCAGCUCAUGCCAUUAAUUUGGAAAGCAGUUGCAAUCCUAGAACUUACAUGUAGCCUACCUGUGAGUGUCGCAGCAUCCGAUGGUGCCUCUGCCAAUCGCAAGUUUUACCGUAUGCAUGCAGCAAUGGACAAAAAUGCAGGGAAAUCGGUUGUUUAUCGUACUGUGAAUGUGUAUGCUCCUGACCGAUUUAUAUGGUUGUUUGCAGACGCUCUCCACUUAAUGAAAACUGCUCGCAACUGCCUGUACCACUCUAGCACUGGAAAGUCCACAAGAUGUAUGUGGAAUGAUGGCAAGUAUCUUCUCUGGCAGCAUAUCUGCACAAUUGUUAAUGAUGAUGCUGAAAAUGGACUUAAACUUUGCCCAAAGCUCUCAUGUGAGCACACUCAGUUGACUUCCUAUUCAGUAAUGAAUGUUCGUCUGGCUGCCCAAGUCCUGAGUGAAACCACAGGAAAAAUUCUGAAAGAAUACCACUCCCCCGAUAUGCAUGGUACUGCUGAAUUUUGUUUGCAACUUGAUAAAUUCUUUGACUGUUUAAAUGUCCGUAGCAGAGAAGAGGGAAAUUUCAAGCGUAAAGAUGCACUUAAGCCAUACACUUCGCAUGAUGAUGAAAGGCUGAAAUGGCUUGAGAAUACUUUUCUAAAGUACUUAGAAGACUGGAAAAAGAGCACUGAAGACAGACCAGGUAAUUUCAGCCCUACUGACAGACAGAAAAUGUUUCUGUCAUUGCAGACUUAUGAAGGUUUGCAGAUGACAGUUUACUCUGUGAUCGAGGUUACUAAGUUUCUACUUAGUAAAGGGAUGACCUUUGUUCUAACAAAUCGCUUCAACCAGGAUGUUGUAGAAGAAUAUUUUGGACGGCAACGCAGCUUAGGCCGCCGCAGUGAUAACCCAAACAUUUGGCAAUUCGGGUUUAAUGAUAACAUAAUACGCACUCAGAGAUCUGUAGCCCCAGUCACUGGGAAUACAGAAGGAAGACAUGAUAAGAAGAGAAAGGUUUCAUGGACAGAUGUUGAUGAAACUCCUUUGAAAAAAAGGCAAAAAACAAAUCGGUUUAGGAGUGCAUGA